GCAUAUAAAAUUGACAGUUUGUAGUGUCAAACGAAAUGUUUUGAUGGAACCAAAUCAAUAAUAAACAGGAAUUAGUGAUGCUAAAACAAGAGAAUUUAGCAGCUAAUUUUUGUGGCUUACUAGCCGCCAAGGGACAUAAACAUCCAGCCAUUGAAUGGCGAAUACUCGGCCAAGAACAGGACGGUUCGAUACUCGCCUCUUGGGUUUCCAAACCUGUCAACACACCGAAGAGUUACAUUGGCAUUUAUAAUCCAUUGGAAAAGUCCUUUGACAUUCUCCACACCUUUCCAUCGCGGGAAAAUGUCAUUCAAGCUUCGAUCAACCGGAGCCGAACAUUGUUGGUGUUUGUGAUAAAAGAUGCGGGCACACAAAAGGACGAGGAGUCGUUAAGCGAGGAAUUCGUUCACUGGUACAAACCGUACAUCGUUAUGGUCAACAAUGAUCGGGAAAAGCCACCCCAUAUGUUACUGCAAAUGGAACGAACGAAGCAAGUGAUGGUACAGUUUCUGUGGCGGAAGCAGACAACAUUCGAGAAAAACUACCAGGACAAAUUUCUGCUGCUCAUUCACGAAGAAUGUAUUUUGCUGUACACGACCACGCUGAAAAAGAUUCUGGACGAGACCAGUGAUCCGCAUUCCAUUUACACUCGAAAAAUUGACUUCAAACAAAAGUCGUCGUGGUAUCUGGAUCUGGACAUGCUAGUGAACGAAUCGAUUGUGCGCAAUUUUACCUGGGCUCAAUGGGAUCCGGUUGUCCAGGCUAUUUACUACAUUCACCUGAAACCGUCGACCCGAAAUCUGUUGGAGAAAGACGAGAAAGACAAAGGACUUAUCCCGACAUUGUCGGCCUACCAAUUUAACGAUGAUCUACCAACAGAGACAGUUCUCAACAUUCCAUUGAACCUUCCCAAACUCCCAACGUCAACCACAAUCCCAUCCUAUGAGGACGAUGCCGUACCACUGCGCAUACACGACUCUUCGCUGAAUUUAAUUAUCGUAACCGACGAGUCGGGGAUGUUAUUCGUAUGCCACUACUAUCUGUACCAGCCGAUCAAGCCACCAGACGAGACGGAUGAAUGUGCUACGGUACACUUCGCCUACAGCUUGACCAUUCUUCAUCACGGCUGCAUCAUUCACUGUGUCAUUCCCGGCAUACCGUGGGAGAAGGCGAAACUGAUGAAACCCACGUUUACGCUUCACGGCGACCAUCACAUGCUAGUAUUUCAAGCGGAUUUGUUCAUGCAUUUGCUGGACAUUGGUCUGACUCACGAGCCCGUUUGUCAUAUUGUCUGUGCACCGUUUAACAAAAAAUCGUUGACCCAUUUGGUGCCGUGCCUGAAAUGGGGCAGUUUGGCGUACGAUUCGGCAACACUGGACUUGAUUUCCAUCAACAUUCCCAAAUCGCAUUUGAUUGAGGCAUUUAAGCAUGACAGUUCCAUUGAUAAUCGACUGAGCAUCGUCCAUUACUUUCUGUGCCAUUCGAACGACAUGGACAUGGAUGUUUUGUCGGAGCUGCUCAACAUUAUCAUGGAUCGACCAUUAAGUCUGGACACCGUUCCACUGUUCAAAGAAGCAUUAGUAGCUGGAGCAUAUUCAAUGACACAAAAAGGACUGCCACCGGAAGCAGUCCCAUUACUCCGACUACUACCUCUAACCACUUGCAACACUUCGAAACCAAUCCAAGCGAAAAUCAAUAAUCUAAGUGUCGGCAUCUCCAAAGAAACGCUGCACAACACCACCAUGAUGUUGCUGUCGCCGCAGCAACGUCUGUCACCGUUCCGUGCAGACAUUUGGACAAAACUGUACGAACGUCUCAAUGACAACAAGCCGAAAGAACGUUUCUCUUCCGAGCAGGUGACAGAGAAGUUGAUUUUCUCGUUGGCAUGCUACCAGCCGGAAGCAUUAUCCCGAUGCAGUACUCCAUUGUCGCCCAGUGGACCUGGUCCGAGUUUCGGUGACUUUUCGGCUUAUGCUCGACGGAAUCACAACGAUCUGUUGCCGUUCGUUGAAUUCGAAGCGUGUACGGCAUCGAAGCAGGAGCAUGUUAUAUCUGUGAAUCUGCGAGAGCUCAGCGUUCAUUUGGUAAAACAUUCGGCCAAACAAAAUACCGGAUUCCGUUGGCUCAAGGACGCCUCGUUUUCGCAAGCACCCACGUAUGUACACGCUGUCGCAUCACAAUUUGCAUCCGCUCAACUGGAGCUGUCUCGUUCACUGUGCGUAUUCGUUUGUCGGGCUGGCGGUGUCGAUGCACGCAUCGAAAAUGUUAGAGGAUUUACACUGAUCGAUCAGAUGUCCAACAGUCAACAAAAUACUUUGUUCUUGAUACUGGAACGCUUUGCGUUGAGCGUUGAAUCUAUGGCCUUCCCAUUGCCGCAAGGAUUCUCGUCAUUUUUCACCUAUCUGGGAUACAGAGCCAUGGAAUUCGACAUGUUCAUGCAGUAUGUGCAGCGUCACGUUUUCGAGCUACAAGUUGAUGUAAUGAAGUCCAUCAUUAAUGAUAUUGAUGACUCUCAUGAAGGCGUGCAGAGAAAACUAGGUUUACUGUCAGUAUUACCACGAUCGCGUGCCCGCCGUUUACUGAACAAUUGGUCCCAUCCAGCUAGCCUAAUGAUUCGUGGCCGGGAUCAUGCAUUGAAUAUUUUAUCAGGCAAUCCGGUGCACCCACGAGGAAGUCGGAAGGUCGGCGGUUCUAUUGGGCUAGCUGCUUAUCCAUCAGCUGAAAAGAUAUCACCGUUGGACACUUUCCUCGAUCUACUUACUGCCAAAGCAAGUCUAAAUGAACUGGACUUUAAUCUGCUAAUCGAAACGACAAUGAGUUCCUUAGAAAAGUUUUCUACUUAAAAUACCGGUUUGUCCAACUAGUGCGGAAAUAUGGCGAUAUCGUCGUUCAUUUCCGGAACGCUAAACAAAACGUUGUUCCUAACGCAUACUAAAAAGCUUUUUUUUGUAGCAAAUUCGAUUUCAGAACUCGCCUCCUGCUCGUACUAAAAAUGGCACUUUCCUAACUAAUGCUAAAAUGCUUUUUAGCACGAGCAGGAGGCAAGUACUGGAAUUGAAUUCGCUUAGGAACAACGUUUUUCUUUAAUGACAUGGGAAAUAAGCGACGAAGUCGCGACAUUUACACACUAGUUAGGAAAAGUAUUAUUGUCUAAGUAGUGCGGAAAUAUAGCAACUAAGUUUCGUAUUUUCGACACGUCAUUAGAAAAAAUGGUGUUCUUAACUUAUGCGAAAGGGCUUUGUUAGCGGAUGUGAUUUAUGAACUCGACUGCGAUUGAAAACAUCACGUUCGCUAAAAAAAAGGAACUUUGGCAUGCGUUAGGAAAAUAUUUAAAGAAAAAGUUCUUCUACAACAUUAACAGUCAAAUGUGCCAUGAAUUACCGGAAUGAUUUUUUUUUUGCACAGUUUUCGUUUUAGAAUUUAAAUUUUCGAUGUGUCAAAACGUUAAAUAUAUUAAUUUGUUGAUUUGAUGUCUAAUUAUACUUACAGUGAUUUGUUUUUGUUAUUAUUUUUUUCGUUAAUGAAAAGGUGCAAUGAAUUGAAAGGGAAACACAUGGAGUACCUACCUGACAUUGUGGAGUAAUUUAUAUAGAAAAAUUUAAUUGUUGAUUUCAUGUGCAAUAAAUGGCUUGAUAAGUUAUUCCGCUUUAA